CGUUUAUUUAGAUAUCAAUAAUUCCUGUUGCAUUUCUGCAAGCAAAAAAGGAAUAAGGAACAAUUUGUGCCAAAUCAUCAGGAGCUUGAUCUAUAAUGGUGAUUGACUAUUGAUGCCACCGUGUAGUUAUGCAUCAAGACUGCUUUAUGGUGGAGGGAUGAGAAAAAACAUAAAUGAAGCUUUAGCUCUUAAUUGUCUGACUACUGUUGCAGCAGGAAAGGCAACCAGUCAUGAAAAAGUACUAUUCCAGACCUCCUAGUGUAAAGGCCAAAAAAAUAGCAGAUACUUAUACUUCUGGAGAAUUGGUGACGCCAUGUCGCCUUCUUUUGGUGUUGAUCAUUUCUUGCCUCUUGAUUGUUGGGAUUUCUGUCAGUGUUAGUCAGACUAAGGUACCGAAAACACUGACCAAAAGUGGAGAAACUCUGGUGGACGUUCCAUAUCAGUUUGACUUUGGUGCAGCUUUAAGAGUCAGAGAAGAAAAUCUAGAAUUGUAUCAGAGACCUCAGCAUUUGUGGACUGUUGAAAAAAGGUCAGGUCUGACACUCGAAGAAUUCUGGGAUAUAUAUGAUGGAAAGUGGCCAGUCAUAAUAACUGAUGUUGUACGACACUGGCCAGCAUUCAACUGGACAAAGGAGUUCUUCAUACAGAAAUAUGGGAAACAGAGAGUUACUUUCAAAGCCAUUGUUGACGGGAUUCAGCAUGUGACAGGCUACGUCCAACCCCUGGAAAAUUUCAUCAGCACUCUCCACCAAUCAAACAUCAACACGUGGAAUUACCUGGAGGACGAAAUAUUUCUGCUGCAGAGACCGGAGCUUCGGAAGGAUAUCGGAGAUCAUAUAUAUGCAUCAGAAAACUUUUUUUCCUUCUUCCCGUUUGAGAUCCGCCCCUGGGAUGCUGCUUUUCUUUGGGGGGCCAAACAUUCAAGAUCUACCCUCCACAUGGACCCCUACAACUGGACGGCUAUCAGUGCAGUCCUCAGUGGGGUAAAAAAGUGGAAGCUGUUCCUUCCAGGACAGGAUCAUUUGUUGUAUGUUCAAAAAACUUCUUGUGGCUUUCCACUGGAAUGUGUAAAAUACAAUAGCCCAUUGGAUGCCUUUGAUCCAGAUUUGAAACAUUAUCCAAAGUUUGGCCGAGCUCAGUACUUGGAGACAGAGCUUUUACCUGGAGAGAUGCUGAUAAUUCCAGCUGGAUGGUUUCAUCAGGCUUAUAAUGCAGACGAAACAAUGGCUAUAUCCAGUCAACUGAUGAACAGAAAUAACUAUCUCAUAAUUCUUGAGGAAAUCAUUAAGGGAGGCAGUGUCAAGAGAAAGAAAUUGCCAGCUCAUUUUAAUACCCUUAUGCCACCUGAUCAGGUGAAGCUUUUCCUAUCCUGUAUUUCAAAAAAGAUCUUGAAGAAAGGGAAAGAGCUGACAGAUGUGGUACUUAAAAUGGUGUCCGAAACCCAAGUCUCAUAGACUAUGCAGAACUAUUUUUAUGAACUAAAUAUAUGCACAAUGUGCAAAUGACAAUAAAAGUUAAACAUGUAA